UUCAGCGGCGCGGCCUAUAAUUUUUUGUGUCACGGUGGCGGGGCGCAGCGCGGCGGGUGCUCAGAUAUGAAUACCAAGUGUGGGAAAGGCGCGCGCCGCGUCCCGGCCAGGGUCACCGGCCGGCGAGCCGGCAGUCGGCAGCCGGGCCGCCCCCAGCACGGCCCCCUUGUCACGCCUCCUUGUCCGCGGGGAGCGCCCGCUGCUGCCGGACACAGCGCGUCCUACACGCCGAUAUGCACAUCUCCAGAAGACAGUGCGUUGUUGGCGGAGGUGUCAUUCGUACUCAGACAAGGGUCAGCUACUGCAGUCCUGGGCGUUGUCGGGGCAGCAGACCUGAGGCCGCUGCUACUCAUCCCAGUAGCUCAUCAGCUGUCAUCAUCAACUGUCACCACGGGGCCGGGUGCACUCAGUUCCAGUCGUUCUCGCAGUAAAAAAAUCCGUGGCAGUACCAGGAAUCGAACACGAGUCCUCCGCAUGACAGUCAGCCACACUAACCUAUCAGCUAAGGAGAAGGAGAAUUGUACUCACAAGAGCCGGCACGCCAGUCGGGAACGAGAGAGCAGAGAGGGCUGUGAAGAAGACGGCAGCCAACUGCUCGCUGAGAGACCUCUCUCCAGGACGACAACGCUUCAGCAGCGACCUUUACGCGAAGAGGGCGCAGGCGCCGCCCCCGACUGGCCGCAGCUCAGUUCUACAGCAGCGUCAAGACCAGCAACUAGGACAGAAGUGUCAACACUUGUUACUUUGUUCGUACAUUCUAUGUAGCUCAAACAUGGACAUGUUAUACUGAAGAAUCUUGCUUUAUUGUCAGCUACUUUUCGUAAUAAAAGUUAUUAAUACAA